CUCUCCGGGUGCAAUGUGUCACCAAUUAGCAAAGGCCUUAAAUGUGAGAGCAGGAGGGAGGCUCUGCCUCUCACUGCCUGCAGGCUUCGUGAUGGAGGUGCUCCUGCAAGAGCUCAGCUCAGCUUCCAAGCUCUUAACUGACUUUAAGGAGAUGUAUGAAUAUGAGGCCCGUUUAAAAACCUUCUCCAAGUGGCCCUUCCAGGAGAACUGCAAGUGCACUCCAGAGAAUAUGGCAAAGGCUGGCUUCAUCCACUGUCCAAGUGCAAAUGAACCAGAUGUGGCAAAAUGUUUCUUCUGCUUGUUAGAACUGACGGGCUGGGAACCAAAUGAUGACCCAUGGGAGGAACACACCAAACGCUACACCUGUGACUUUUUAUCCCUUCCCAAGCACUUUGAUGAGCUGACAAUGGAGGAGUACUACAUGCUGGAGAUGACACGGCUGAGGACCUUCAUUUGCAAGGUUGGGAGGAGCACAAUAAACUCUUUUCAAGAAGAAGUCGCAGCAACGAGGCAGAGGCUUGUGGAUUACUUUGGCUCCAGACCCCAGCUCCUGGCACCGCUGCCUCUCGGGGAUGAGGCAGCAGCCCAGGAGCCAGGAGGCUCAGCUGCUGGGCAGAAGGAGCCCAGGACAAGUGAACUGUGAACUCUGACUCUAAAAGUGUCUCCUAAUUUGGUGCAAACAUCCCUCUCUUAAUCUGUGUGCUAAUCUAAGUGUGUGUGAGGAGGUGUGUGUGCAGAAUUGCUCUCAGCCUCUCUGGAUCCGAGGAAGUGAGUACAGGCAGGUGGGGCCUCUUUCAUGAUGUGCUUUCUUGGUGUGGCUGGGUGGGGAAAUGAGAAUAGUCCCACUACCCUGCCAGUGUAUGAAAAAUGUCUAAGGAAAUACUCUUAUUCUGUUUUUUUAGCAAACUGACUUUUUUUUUUUUAAUAAAGAUUAAUAACUACUUCCUGUGAUCUGUUAAAACCUUGUACCUAGGCCAACUCAAAUCAGAACAGUUCUGCUUUAAAACACGUUCCAGCAAACUAAAUGGAUCUGUGUGUGUGCAGCAACUGCUUUAAGCACCUGCAUUAACUGCACUCCUGCUGUUGUCUUUCUAGAUCAGACAAAAUUGACACAGAUAAUGACAUCCAGCAAAACCAGCAGGUGUACUGAAUAAGGGUAGACACAAGGUGUGUGAGACAGUCUCAAGGAAGAGCGCUAGGGAUUUUGGUGUGCAACUGAACCAACAAAAGCUAAAGCCCUACUAUUCUGUUUUUACAAGUUCUUCAUUACAAUUUCAAACUCACCAGAGUUCUCUUAAAAUCUUAUUAAUUCCCAUUUUUGUUUAUGAGACACUACUGUUGUAGAAUAAAAAUGCAUGCUUGCAAAUAUUUCUGAUUUUUAAGAUGCAGACAAACCUUUCUCAGUAAGGUGAGAGUUUUGUACAAUACCCUGACUUGUCUUUCCACUCUGCAGGAAAAUCCUCAUGCUCGGGAUUCUAAAAAUAUGUAUUUCAAUAUUCUUAAAAACAUUUAUGAAUUCCCUAUCUUGAGAAUAAAUGAUCCCUUAACUUGGCA